AUGGCAUCCUGCGCCAAGAACUCCGCAUCAGAGUCGAGUGAGAUCCCAGGAGAUCCUCGCACCGCCAAGAGUCGCGUACUCGAAAGUGGCGCUGCAAUGGCUCAAGACUUCACGCCCGUCAAACAAAUAUGUGCGCAUCUAAAUGCAUUCCACGUUUACGCGGACGAACCCACGCGAUGUAUCGAAUCGAACCAUUAUUGCACACACCUGACGGAGGAUGUCCGACAAUGCUUGAUCUACGACUCGCCCGAGGCCAACGCACGCCUCCUCGGCGUCGAAUAUAUGGUCUCUCCACGAAUUUUCAAAACGCUUCCACCCGAAGAAAGAAAAUUGUGGCACACGCAUGAGUUCGAGGUUAAGAGCGGCAUGCUUAUCAUGCCUACGCCUAAGGGCAUGCCCACCGUAGUAUGGGAAGCGGCCGAGACGGCCGAGAUGGAGGAUAUCGCACCCGUGUAUGGCAAGACGUAUCACAUGUGGCAGGUUGAUCGGGGAGAUCCCGUACCUAUGGGCCCGCCGCAAUUGAUGGGGAGCUUCACGUCGCCUGAGACGGUCGAGAAAGCGCAUAAGGGUGGGAUGGACGGGUUACUUCGGGACCGAGAUGAGAGAUUUGGGGUUGAUUAUCGGACGAAGGCGAAGAAGAGGGAGGGUAUUGUGCCCGUUGAAAAGCAUCCUGAUGCCGACGCAAUAUGGAAGUCGGAUGGGAAGAACUGA